GGUGAUGGCUUGAUAGUGUGCACAGUCAGUCCCCUCAGCUCCGAGGUAUCCAUGGUAACGCGCCUGCCGCUAACCGCGGGACAUUUUCCUGAGGGUAUCCCGGAGGACAUGGGAAGUCCUCUGGUUUCUAGGGAGGGUAGAGCACUGAACUCUAGUGGACAAAUGAAGAAAAUUCGACGGGGAAUUUUUUGAAAGCACGUGCACGGGCCCAGCGCGAUGAUAUUUGCCUUUAGUCCUAGCUACUCAAGAGGCAAAGUGGGGGGAUGGCUUGAGGUCAGGAGUUCGGGGCCGCAGGGAGUUAUGCUUGCGCCACUGCACUCCAGCCUGAGUGACAAGGCGAUACCCCAUCAAAACACGUGCACUUGAUUUGCCACCCGCCCUGUACUUCUUAGGCGUGUCAGAACUCCAGGACAGCUGGCUGUCAUGUAUAUUGGGGGCGGGGGGAAUCCCAGGAUUCUGAUACUGUUGCCCCGUGCGUCAACAUAUUGAGUAUGACCAGUGUGGAGGUCCUGGAGUUUAUCAAGGCACAUCUCAAAUCUCUCUCCCACGGCAGAUGCCUUCCUCACCCUGUCAGAACAGCUUGCACCUUUGUUAUUUCUCCUGUGUAAUUAUUUGUUUGGAUAUCUGCUUCCCCACUGGUCUGUAAUGUCUUGUUGGGUAGUAGCUCUGUGUCAUUCAUCUGUCUUCUCCAAAUGCUUGGCAGGGAAAAGUGCCCUUUAUAAUAAAUUGUCCUGAGUUGGGGGAGGGGGGGAUGGAAGUGAGGCUGUCAAUGGAUGAAUCUAGGUUAGAACUGGGUAGGAAAAUGUAUCAAGAUUAGUUUGAAGUUGGGCUGGGAAGGGGUCCUAAUGUGAAUAUAGACCUAAGGAUCCUAAUGUGGAAUAUCCAUGAUAUUGAGUGAGUGAUAUUGUUUAAGAAGGGGCAGAGACAAGGCAAAACCCCACACAACCCCAUCUUUCUGAAUAAAUUUUUCCCAGAGACUGGGUCUUGCUCUGUUGCCCAGACUGGAAUGCAGUGGUUUGAGCAUAGCUCACUGCAACCUCGAACUCCUGAGCUCAAGUGAUCCUCCUGUCUCAGCCUCUUGAGUAACUAGGACUACAGGCAUAUGCCACCACACCCAGCUAAUUUUUUAUUUGCAGGAACAUUUUUAUCUGGUCUCUAGGGAGGGUAGAGCACUGACUCUAGUGGACAAAUGAAGAAAAUUCGACAGGGAAUUUUUUGAAAGCACGUGCAUGGGCACAGCACCGUGAUAUUUGCCUGUAGUCCUAGCUACUCAAGAGGCAAAGUUGGGGGAUGGCUUGAGGUCAGGAGUUCGGGGCCGCAGGGAGUUAUGCUCGUGCCACUGCACUCUAGGUGGACUAGGUUGUCCACGCUGGUGUCAAUUCUUGGUCACAAGUGAUUCUUCUGCCUUGGGGCUCCCAAAAUGCUGGUAUUAUAGGUGUGAGCCACUGAGCCCAGAUACCACAUAAUACAGAUGUCUUAGAAAGGUUAUGGGAAUAUCUGGCUCCUCUGCAAUGUGAGAUUCUAUUUUGCCACCUCCAGAAGUGCUGGGUCUUGUUUUCAUAGCUCUGCCACCUGCUCAGGGAUAAAGUUAUGCUACUACUGUUCCCCACCCAAAAAAGAGGCACAGAAAGAGAAAAACAGGUACAUUGGACUCAAGUUUUAUGGGUACUUCAUGAUUGUCUCCACAUUCCUUCAUUGAAUAACCAGGAAGCACUGUAUUCCUUCCAUUUCAUGGAUCUGGGCCCCACAUCAGCCUUUGGGCCUAAGCCCUGGAGGCCCUGACACCUGGUGGCUGAGUUAGCAUCUCAGGAAUGGGCUUCAGGAAGAAACCUGGUGAGUCAGGGCCUCAAGAAUGGCGUUGGGCAAGCCAUCAGACCAGCUUCCUGGGCCUCCUCCUUGUUGAGGCAACACCACAGAGCUCAACUCAACUCACUUGACUCCUUGAGUACCCAUACUAUCCUUCCAAAUCCUGCCCUUCUCUGCCUGCUCAGCCUUGAUGCUGCGCAGGGGGUCUCAGAACCUGGAUCAGGACUUGGAAAGGGUGUCAGUGUUCAAGAGUGUAAGGAAGUAAACAUAAUGGAACUUCCAGGGAACCCCACUUUUCUACUUUAAAUCCCCUUUAACUGCUUCUGGAAUCCAAGAUAAAUGCCCUUUCUAUCUUCACUUCCUCCUCUCCUCAGUUUCCCUCAACCUGACUGCCAGGUCAGACAGGCUUCCUUAUUUCCUUCUUUAACAUCCUUAGACCAACAAAACAUGUUUUCUUUUCUCUUUCUUUUCUAUUUUGGUCUUAUAGCAUUUAUUGUAUGGGUGUGUGAAGGGAAGAGGGUCGAGAUUUUAGGAAAUGGGAUUUAGCAUCCCAGCCCUGAGCAUCUCCCAUCUUUUCAUAGGUUUCUGCAUUUGCUUGUGUUACUGUGACCGCUGCUCUUUAUCUCCCAUCCAGUCUGACAUAGGUGUCUCCUCUUCAGUUCCUGCCUCUUAAACCAAUGACCCUCCCAGGCAUGGAGUCUGCACCCUGAGUGGUUUGGCCCCAGGUUGCCCUGGAAGGGGUGUGAGUGAUCAGACAGGUGACUGAGGGCUGGAAUGCCUGAGGCCUGCCCUGACUGAGUCAUCUUGUGCUGUUGUUGUCACUGUUCUUGUUGAAGUCCCUGCUCAGUUCUACAGACAUCCGUAGGAACAACAACAGCUCCCAUCCUUUUACCCUUUCUGGAGACGCUGCAGCAGGAUGGUGAGCCGAAUGGGCUGGGGGGGGAGCCAGGGGCGGCUGAGGCAGUGGGGAGACCUGGGGCCAAGACCCGUGCCCCUCCUCCCCAUGCCACCUCUGCCUCCUCCUCCUCCUCAUCAGGGACCCCGGGGAGGGAGGAUCUCUAUCUACCCUCUGUCCCCUGCCACUCAUACAAGAAGCUCCUCCUCCUCCUCUUUCCCUCCUCUCAUGGGCCCCCCUUGCUUGGUGCUGCAGGGGACAGGGGCUUCUCAGCCUUGCCACAAUGCCCUCCCUGCCCCAGAUACCCCCACAAAGGCACAGCCCACAAUGGCACCUGCCUCUGCUUCCCCCUCUUGGGGAUCCCACACCACCCCACCCCUGGCCUCGGUGACUUCUCCUCCCUCACGCCGAUGCCCCCAGAAUGCUCCUGGGCUUCGGAUAGGUCCUCUGAUCCCUGAACAGGAUUAUGAGCGGCUAGAGGACUGUGACCCUGAGGGCUCCCAAGACUCACCCCUCCAUGGGGAGGAGCAGCAGCCCCUGCUUCACGUGCCCGAAGGCCUCCGGGGCUCCUGGCAUCACAUCCAGAACUUGGACAGCUUCUUCACCAAGAUCUACAGCUACCACCAGCGGAAUGGCUUCACCUGUAUCCUGCUGGAGGACAUCUUCCAGUUGGGACAAUUCAUUUUUAUUGUCAUCUUCACAACCUUCCUCCUUCGCUGUGUGGAUUACAAUGUUCUCUUUGCCAACCAACCAAAUAACCGUACCAGACCUGGGCCGUUCCACAACAAAGUGACCUUGUUGGAUGCCAUCCUACCCUCGGCCCAGUGUGCUGAGAGGAUCCACUCCAGCCCCAUGCUGGUCUUCCUCCUGGUCCUGGCUGUCGCCUUCUGGCUGGUCCAGCUGCUUCGCUCGGUCUGCAACCUCUUCAGCUACUGGGACAUCCAGGUGUUUUACAGGGAGGCCCUGCACAUCCCACCGGAGGAGCUCAGCUUGGUGCCCUGGGCAGAGGUGCAGUCCCGCCUCCUGGUGCUGCAGCGGAGCGGUGGGCUGUGCGUGCAGCCACGGCCACUAACAGAGCUGGACGUCCACCACCGGAUCCUGCGCUACACCAACUACCAGGUGGCUCUGGCCAACAAGGGCCUGCUGCCGGCCCGCUGCCCACUGCCCUGGGGAGGCAGUGCUGCCUUCUUCAGCCACGGCCUGGCACUCAACGUCAACCUGCUGUUUUUCCGCGGUCCUUUCUCUCUCUUCCGCGGGGGCUGGGAGCUGCCUGACGCCUACAAACGCAGCGACCAGCGGGGCGCCCUGGCCGCGCGCUGGGGGCGCACAGUGCUGCUGCUGGCCGCCGUGAACCUGGCGCUGAGCCCGCUGGUGCUGGCCUGGCAGGUGCUGCACGCUUUCUACAGCCACGUGGAGCUGCUGCGGCGCGAGCCGGACGCGCUCGGGGUGCGCUGUUGGUCCCGCCUGGCGCGCCUGCAGUUGCGCCACUUCAACGAGCUGCCGCACGAGCUACGAGCGCGCCUGGCCCGCGCCUAUCGUCCAGCCGCCGCCUUUCUGCGUGCCUCCGCGCCCGCCGCGCCCUUGCGCGCGCUGCUAGCCCGCCAGCUGGUCUUCUUCGCCGGCGCGCUCUUCGCCACCCUACUAGUUCUCACCGUCUAUGACGAGGACGUGCUUGCCGUGGAGCACGUGCUUACUGCCAUGACCGCGCUUGGGGUCACGGCCACCGUGGCCAGGUCUUUCAUUCCGGAGGAGCAGUGCCAAGGUCGUUCCCCGCAGCUCCUGCUGCAGGCCGCCCUAGCCCACAUGCACUACCUCCCGGAAGAACCCGGCCCUGGCGGCAGGGCCAGCGCCUACCAGCAGAUGGCGCAGCUGUUGCAGUACCGGGCGGUUUCCCUGCUGGAGGAGCUUCUGUCUCCCCUCCUCACCCCGCUGUUUCUGCUUUUCUGGUUCCGCCCUCGUGCCCUGGAGAUCAUUGACUUCUUCCAUCAUUUCACUGUGGAUGUGGCUGGGGUUGGGGACAUCUGUUCCUUUGCCCUUAUGGAUGUGAAGCGCCAUGGCCACCCUCAGUGGCUAUCAGCAGGACAGACAGAGGCCUCACUGUCUCAGCGUGCAGAGAAUGGGAAGACUGAACUCUCUUUGAUGCGGUUCUCCCUGGCCCAUCCACUAUGGCGCCCCCCAGGGCACAGCUCUAAGUUCCUUGGGCACCUCCGGGGCCGGGUACAACAAGAUGCAGCUGCCUGGAGUGCUACUUCGACUCAAAGUCCCCCCACCCCAGGGGUACUCAGCAAUUGCACCUCACCUCUGCCAGAGGCCUUCCUGGCUAACCUCUUGGGGCACCCCCUCCUGCCCCCGAGGGACCUGAGCCCCACAUCCCCCUGUCCAGCUGCUGCCACAGCCAGCCUCCUUGCCUCCAUUUCCCGCAUUGCCCAGGACCCCAGUUUUUGGCCUGGGCCGGGUAUGAACCUGCCACCUCCAGUAUAUGGGGCCGGCGUCCAGAGUCUCAAGCUGUGGCCUUGGGUAGAGUGCUGUGGGAUCACAGCUCACAGCAACCUCAAACUCCUGGGCUUAGCUGUGCAUCCCCAGGAGGCACUGGGGGCCAGAAGUUGGCCCAGCUCCCAGAGCUUGCUUCUGCUGAGAUGAGUCUCCAUGCCAUCUACUUGCACCAGCUUCAUCAGCAGCAGCAGCAGCAGGAGCUGUGGGGGGCAGCUUCAGCCAUCUCUCUGUCCAGGCCCUGGUCUAGUCCCUCACAGCCACCCUCGCCUGAUGAGGAGAAGCCAUCUUGGUCAAGUGAU